AUGGCCGACCCCCUGGUCUGCUUUUGGGGGGGGGGAGGAGUGGUGGAUGUGGGUGAGAAAAGAUCAGCAGAAAGGAACAUGAAAGGAACAGUCAAUUAUCAUCAGUUGGGAAGUGACCGCUUGGAACGUAGCUUGGAUGCCAGCACGGUUCCAAUCUCCAACGCUCGGUACCCAGAUGAACACUCCCGCAGGGAAUGGAAGCGUUCAAUAACUGCCCUCGCAAGAGCCCGCAUGAACCACCAGGUGUCUGCAGAGUCCAGGGACGAAUUUCUCACCCGAAUCACUGCGCUGAAUGGCAUCUCAACAACCCGGGGCCAUCGAAGUCGUGGUUGCUGCUUCGUGUGUCAAGGAGUUUACGUUGAGUUUGGAGUUCAAAACAAGGGAGUGGAUGCUCUCUCGCGUACUAUGAGAGAGGACAAGUGCAACAGCCUCCCAAGUCGAUUCGAAGUCCAACACUGGUGCGCCCAGUGCGGACAGCAUAGCAAGGAGCAGUAUAUCUCUCCAUGGGUUAGGAGUGAUUCGGCUCCGGGCCAGGCAAUGGCGAAACCCCCAAGCUCCGGCAACAAGCUCUUCUUCCGUCAGCAAGCUAGCAUCGAUCAAAUUCCCACGUAA